AGCGCGCCUCCUCCCCGGCCAGCAUCAGUCUCUCCUCUGGGCAGAGGAGAGUAAACUGAGAACUGGAGGAGAUAACCUUCGUUCUGCAAAAAAAGACAACCUCUCCCAACGUUAGGGGACAUUUGGGACUUGUAUUUCUUAUUUUAAGUAGCUUCCGGUCGUCAGCAAUGAAGGCAUUGAACAGUCGCCCCUGCACAGUGGGUAGAAACCCCUUCAUUCACGAGCUGAAAUUCACCAUGACAGAAAAAAUAAAGAUCGGCCUGAUGUCAGUCACAGUGUUCCCCGUGCGGCUGCUGCUCGUGUCCUUCUUCAUGCUGCUGGCCUGGCCCUUCGCCUUCACAGCCUCCAUGGGACGCUCGGAUUAUGUCAUUGAGCCUCAGUCGUGGUGGAGGAGGUUCGUUGAUCUGUGUCUACGAGCCAUCAUGCGGGCCAUGUGGUUUUGCGGAGGUUUCCAUUGGAUCAAGGUGAAAGGGGAGCGGGCGGCCCCCUCCGAAGUCCCCAUCCUCACCGUGGCCCCUCACUCCUCGUACUUCGAUGCCAUCCCAGUCACCAUGAACAUGUGCUCCAUAGUCACCAAGCUGGAGAGCAGGAGCAUUCCCGUCUGGGGCACUCUGAUCAGCUACAUCAGGCCGGUGUUUGUGUUUCGCUCGGAUCAGGACUCCAGAAGAAAAACUGUGGAGGAGAUCAAGCGGAGAGCCAACUCAGGAGGGGAGUGGCCUCAGAUCAUGAUAUUCCCAGAGGGGACGUGCACCAACAGGUCGGGGCUGAUCUUGUUCAAGGCUGGUGCUUUCAUACCAGGACUCCCAGUGCAGCCUGUGGUGCUACGCUACCCAAACAAACUGGAUACUAUUACGUGGACGUGGCAGGGUCCCGGAGCGUUCAAACUCCUGUGGCUCACGCUGUGCCAACUUCACAAUCCCAUGGACAUAGAGUACCUGCCUAUUUACACACCAUCAGAGGAGGAGAGGGAAAACCCUGCCCUGUUUGCCAGCAACGUCAGAAAGCUCAUGGCAAAGGCGCUGGAGAUGCCACUCACAGACCUGUCUUUCGAUGACCGUGAAAUCAGCCUAUCACACGGCCCGCUGAGAAUCUGUGACUACAGUAGCCUGCUGCAGUUCCACCAGCUGGUUUGCCGCCUGGGGCUGAGAGCAGGAAGGUCCGACACGCUUCUGCAGGAUCAGGCCAGCAGAGCCAGGGAGCUGCAGGGAGAGCGGCUCAGUCUGCAGGACUUCUCCCAGUUCCUCAACCUGCCCGUCACACACACACUCACACAGGUCCACAGCCUCUUUGACCAGUGUGGAGACGGACUGAUAGACAUCAGACACUUUGUUAUCGCUCUGUCCACCGUUCAUCGACCAUCACAGUCGAUGGAGACCCUUAAAUUGGCCUUUAAGAUGUUUGAGAGCGAGGAGAACGGGUACGUCCUAGAGGAGGAUCUCGCUGCCAUGUUGGAAAUAAUGUUGGGAGUGAGAGAGGUGGAACUCUCCGGUCUGUUUUCAGCGCUGGGCGGACCCGACACGGCCAAGAUCACAUAUGCCGAACUUCAUCAUUUCAUAGAGCAGCACCCACACUUCGUCCAGGAUUACCUCGAUUUUGAAAACCAUCCGCGCAAAUGCAGCCAACCUAAGAGCUGCAACGGGCUGAGCCACAGCAAAGACGACUGAAGGACGUCAGAUGGACUUUAAUGAAAACCCCUUCCCUCACCUCCUCCAUCUGAUAUCACAGCGUCUCCCCCAUGCUGCAGCUCUCCUGUCACCUCGGUGCCUUUAAGGGAGGGAGAGAAACAAAGAGCGGUGGGGAUGCAGCACACGUGAUGAAAUCCCUUUUUUCUCAGAUCUUUUUUUUAAUGUUUUUUCCCCCAUUUUAAUAUAAAGAAACACCUUUUGUUUUUUUGCUCUGGAAAUAGAGUGUGUUAUUUAUUUUUAAAUGUAUUUUCUUAUCUAUGAAGUACAGAUAUUUAAGAUAAUAGCUGAUAGAAGGAGGGGGUUUGUUCUAGACCUUUGGUGGAUCUCAGGCAAAUGGACACUGCCCUAUUUUUCCUGCUGCUCUUCAUGUAUAAAGAAACGUAAUAUCAGGUGAAAGGGAUCGGGAUAUAGAUCAUGCUGCUGUUCUAUAUGAAGCAGAGGUCACCGACAUGUGACAACAAUCUGCCAAGAAAUCACAGCUGUGUCACUGCCAUAGAUUUACAACCCCAUUAAAAAGGGGGUUUGACAUUUAACAAGGACCAUGAACUGAUUAAACAUAUCUAAAUCUGACACCCAAUCAAAUCAUGCAGCCAUGCUUUUUAUUUCAUAAUAAGGUAAGCAAUGCUAUUCUUGUUUUUUAUGUCCAUAAUUCACGGGAAAUCAUUUUAAAACGGACCAGUUUUUCUAAGAAAAACCUUUAAAAUGAGGAUUGUUUAAUAUUUUUUGGAGCUGUGAAUCCUUUUAACCAAUGACGGAUAGAUAUUUGACAACCUGUAUCUUUGACCUCCUGAUACAGUGGGUGUUUAUUAAUAUCGAUCUCUGAUGGUUUGAUUUUGUAUCUUUUUGAAGCUGGAAUGUUCAUAUGAAAUGUAAGAGUCCCAAAAGAAAAUGUGAAAGCUGCAUUCUUUUUUUUUUUUACAAAUAAAUAUAAAAAUCAG